AAGUAGCACGGAUUGCUCAUCCGAUCCGUGCAGCCACAGCCAGUGUGUCAAGUUACAGAGGCGCCGGAAUCGGCCCCAGCGCUCCUCGGCAGCGGCCACGACCCACCUCUGCCCAUGAGGCCCUCCAUGUGCGCCCCUUCGCCCGGGGACUGAAACUGGCUCGCCCAGGAGAGGCGAGACACUCAGAAGGACCGACAGCACGGCACCAACUGCUCUGCAGAUACUCGAAGGGAAAGACGGGGCGGAGAGAAGGAAAGCCGACCAGAUUCCCCUAACUUUCCUGGACCUGGAACGUUCUUCGAAAUAACUUUUUUUCCCACCUUGGUGUACCCCGAUUACCGCUGGUUGUGUUUUUCGGCAUUUACCCUCCUGCUGCUAAUUUUGCCGUCCUCUUUGCCGGGAGCAAAGGAAAGGGACGUUUCCAGCGACUCAAGCCCUUUCCCUGUGCCCCGCAGUUUGGAUCGCGCCUUUUGGCAGAGGCUCUCGCCUUUAUUUAUUCUAUUUAUUUAUUUAUUGGUUCUCAAGACGCGAGGAGAUGGCAGCGGAGCGUGCCCGCGGCCCCGGGGAGCUGGGCGCGCCGGGGACGGUGGCGCUGGCUACGGCGCGGGCGGAGCGCUGCGCGCGGCUGCCGAGCCCGGGGUCGUGCGGGCUGCUGGCGCUGGCCCUCUGCUCGCUGGCGCUCAGCCUGCUCGCCCACUUUCGGACGGCGGAGCUGCAGGCCCGGGUGCUGCGCCUGGAAGCGGAGCGCGGGGAGCAGCAGAUGGAGACGGCUAUUUUGGGACGAGUCAACCAACUGCUGGACGAGAAAUGGAAGCUCCAUUCUCGCAGGCGCCGGGAGGCUCCGAAGACGUCUCCAGGAUGUAACUGCCCACCAGGACCUCCUGGUCCCACUGGAAGACCCGGACUCCCAGGGGAAAAAGGUGCCAUUGGGAUGCCUGGACGUGUGGGGGUCCCCGGAGAUGCUGGGCUGUCCAUCAUCGGUCCCCGAGGCCCCCCUGGUCAGCCAGGCACCCGAGGUUUUCCCGGAUUUCCGGGUCCCAUUGGGCUAGACGGCAAACCGGGCCACCCCGGACCAAAGGGGGAGAUGGGUCUGACAGGCCCCCGAGGACAGCCGGGACCUCAAGGACAAAAAGGAGAAAAGGGGCAGUGUGGAGAGUACCCGCACCGGCUGCUGCCUCUCCUCAAUUCAGUGCGACUGGCUCCACCCCCAGUCAUAAAAAGGCGGACCUUCCAGGGUGAACAGGGCCAGGCCGGCAUCCAAGGUCCACCAGGUCCACCAGGCCCCCCUGGACCGAUUGGACCUCUGGGGCACCCAGGACUGCCAGGGCCCAUGGGGCCACCCGGCUUACCUGGGCCUCCUGGACCAAAGGGAGACCCAGGGAUCCAGGGCUACCAUGGCCGGAAGGGAGAACGGGGCAUGCCAGGGAUGCCGGGCAAGCAUGGCGCCAAGGGGGCUCCUGGAAUCGCCGUGGCCGGGAUGAAGGGUGAGCCGGGGACCCCAGGAGCCAAGGGUGAGAAGGGGGCUGCGGGCUCCCCUGGGCUGCCUGGCCUCCUGGGGCAGAAGGGAGAGAAAGGCGAUGCUGGCAACUCCAUCGGAGGUGGCAGAGGGGAGCCCGGCCCCCCAGGGCUCCCUGGGCCCCCAGGACCAAAGGGAGAAGCAGGUGUCAAUGGCCAGCCUGGCCCCCCAGGACGGCAAGGAGACAAGGGGGAGCCCGGAGCAGCUGGAGAACAGGGGCCGGCUGGCCCCAAGGGCCCCAAGGGAGAACCAGGGAAAGGCGAGAUGGUGGAUUACAACGGGAACAUCAACGAGGCUCUCCAGGAGAUCCGAACGCUGGCCUUAAUGGGGCCUCCAGGUCUUCCUGGGCAAAUUGGCCCACCCGGACCUCCAGGGAUUCCAGGCCAGAAGGGGGAGGUCGGACUGCCAGGCCCUCCGGGACACGAUGGGGAAAAGGGACCUCGAGGCAAACCAGGAGACAUGGGCCCCCCUGGUCCCCAAGGACCCCCGGGGAAGGACGGCCCUCCAGGAGUGAAGGGAGAAAGCGGGCACCCAGGGAGCCCAGGAGAGAAGGGAGAGAAGGGGGACAUGGGACAAGCAGGCUCACCGGGCGAGAAAGGAGAAGCCGGGGAGAAAGGUGACCAGGGAGCAGAGGUUCCUGGGCCACCAGGGCCAGAGGGGCCUCCUGGACCUCCGGGGCUCCAGGGUGUUCCUGGACCAAAGGGGGAAGCAGGGCUGGACGGAGCGAAAGGAGAGAAGGGUGUCCAAGGAGAAAAAGGAGACCGAGGGCCCCUGGGACUACCUGGUACUCCAGGACCAAUUGGAGUUCCAGGCCCAGCGGGACCAAAGGGCGAGAGGGGCAGCAAAGGAGACCCUGGGAUGACAGGACCAACGGGAGCAGCCGGGCUUCCUGGUUUACACGGACCACCCGGGGACAAAGGAAACCGGGGGGAGAGGGGGAAGAAAGGCUCUAGAGGGCCUAAAGGGGAUAAGGGAGACCAAGGAGCGCCUGGAUUAGAUGCCCCCUGUCCAUUGGGUGAAGACGGCUUACCAGUCCAGGGCUGCUGGAACAAGUGAUGCCUCUAACCUUGGAUUGGCCUGUGUGUGUGUUUGUACAUAGAAUAUUUAUUUUUAUACAGUUUUCACUUUUUGAAAAUGCCAGAAGUAUGAUGCAUCUUACAGAUUAUUAAAAAAGAAAAAGAAAAACCUGCAUAUUUUGUACAGAAAACAUCAACCCCUUCCCUUUCGUUUACAAGAUGUUUUGUAUAAGUCUAUUUUCUAAUACACUUUUUGUUUGUGAGUAUGGGCGUAAUGUUUGCAUGAUAUUUGUGCACACUUAUUAAGUAUUGAAGCUUAAUAAAUUAUUGUGUCCCGGUGCCAAAGGGAGCCAGCUGGCACUGAGGUGCUGGCUAGCUUUCGUGUGUUUUCACACAAAUGUGAGUGUCCGUGAUGCUUGCCAAGCUAGGUGUGUCUAAGAAUAUUUUAAACCCUUAUGGAAUUUCAUUAUUUAAAAAAAAAUGAAACAUGGCAAUUCA